AGGACUUAUGAGAGAGGGGGGUGAGUCGUUAUCCAUCUUUGGAGGCCGGACCUCACAGACAGCGGGAAGAGAGAGAAGGGAGAGAGAAGGUGUUCUGUUUUAGAGUUUAAGGAAGGGCAAGAGGAGUGUUCGUCCAAACGUGAGGAGAGAGAGAACCCCUCUUGAGAGAACUGCUAACAUCGCUUCCUCCGGCAUGGCGAACAUCACAUCUGCUUAAUGGCAGGCCAUGCUGGACGCAGCAGAUGAGAACGAGAAACCGUUCUUCCAAAAGCUUUAUGAUGAUGCCGUGCAGAGGGAAAGGGAGGCAGAGGCAGCAGCCAGAGCCGCCAACAUUGCUGAUCAGGUGGCCCUCCUUCGGAUCCCGGAAGCCAAUGCUGACUGGUUUCAGGAGGGACUAGCUGCUGCCGUAGCAGCCUUGGUUCUACUGCGGACCUUGGAAGACCUUGAGUCGCGUGUGACAGCACUAGAGCAGCGAAACCAAGAGUUGCAGGCUGAGAUACUCAGCCUCAAACAGUCCCAAAUGUCUGCCCCCCGCCCUUCUAACCCUGGACCUGCUGCAGUCCCAGUCUCUCAAUCUAACACAGUCCUCGUGGCAAGAGCAAGUGGAACCGUGACGAGCGCAAAAACCGGUGCCAGCUCCUCGAGCGGCAGCGCCGGCAGUUCUGCACUAGUCAUAGUCCCAAAUGCAGGGGCAUCAGCCCAAAACACCACAGUCCUUACUGGCGUUCAGUACAGCGGUCCCGUAGUGGACAAGCGGGCGGCCAGCUUGCCGUCCAAGUACGACGGGAAAGCGGAUAUCACCUCUUGGAUUAGUUCCAUGCGUUCAUACUUCGAGGUCAUGCGGACACCGCAAGAAGACCGAAGCAUGAUCAUGGGCACUAGUACUGAGCCCGCCGUACGGAAUCACAUUGAGCUCCAAGCUGUUGCUGCAGGUUAUGAAAGAAUUGACCUGACUGAGUGGCUGAAGGUAACCCCUGUGCGCACCCUUGAGGACCUUCUCAUCACGCGGUACCAAGACAAGCAUGCUGCGCUCAAGGCUAGGCUGAAGCUUGAAACCCUCAAGGUACUCGAGCGGCCGCAAGCCAACGCCGUUAUCUUGUUGCAGCACUGCGCCAAUCCCAUGUUGGCUCACAUCCGUAGUGACUACGAAUCGCACCGAUGUGGCCACGCGACACUUCGCCUAAUAACAAAUCCAAUGAAAUCGGGACGAGGAGGAGGAGGAGAAGGAGGAGAAAGGAGGAGGAGGAGGAGGAGGAGGAGGAGGAGGAGAAAAGAAGAAGAAAGGUGGAGGAGGAGAAAGGAGGAGGAGGAGGAGAGAAGAAGAAAGGAGGGGGAGGAGGAGGAGAGAAGACAAAUGGAGGAGGAGGAGGAGCAGAUGAGGAAAGGAGGAGGAGGAGGAGAGGAGAAGAAGAAUACGAAAGGAGGAGGAGGAGGAGAGGAAGAAAAAGAGGAAGGAAGGAGGUGGAGGAGGCUUCGCCACAAUGGCAACAGCAACUUCACGGGCAGCGAAGACGGGGAGGGCUUCUCGACGGGGCAGCUCAACGGAGACAACGAUGGGCAGCUCGACGAGGAGGAGCAGCGACAACGGGCAGGCUUUGCGACGGCAGCGACGAUGAGCGGGGUUCGCGACGGUGGCGACGACGGGCGGCUUCACGACAGCAGUGACGACGGGCUUUGCAACAGGGAAUACCGCCCAGUGGAAAUCUGGGAGAUGAUACGGAUGAUUGCAACAGCACGGAUUGUGAUGCCUAGUUCAAUGGUCAGGUUAUCGGCGGGAAGAGUACGGUUCUCCCAAGCGGAACAGGCAUUGUGUUUUUUGGCUGGCGCCAAUUCCGUUUUCACUGGAGAGAAGCUGUUGACGACUCCUAAUAAUGACUACGGCAGCGAUCAAGAGAUGUUCAAGACACUAGGACUGAUUCCAAUGCCGCCAAGUUUUGCCCGGAGUACAAAGGAGACGAAGGUGGAUGAAGCCGCUGAAGCUUGCACUGGCUGAGCACCAUCGUCCAGAAGGGUUUGAAGUUUGAAUCUCUGGUAUUGCCUUCUGCAGUAGCAUCUUCUUUCGCAUCAUUGAUGGGUUAGUUCUGACAGAAUGAUUGAUCAGAUCUGGCCGCGAGUUAGUUCCGAAGAACAAAUAUAACCCCUUCCUCCUCCCCUGAUAGCCUUUCUAACCUUCAUUCGGUUAACUAAGGCUGAUCCGGUACAAGAGCGCACAACAUCCAUCUCCUACCCUCUAUCAUCUACGAAUUGGUCUUCUUUAUCCUUUUUUUUUCCCAUCCCUAUCCUCUUCAAUUGGGCAGGGGAAUGGUACAGUCAUACCACGGCCAAUAUGCCCGAUCCCUUCCGAACUCGGAAGCCCUGCUGCAGUGGGCCGGAACAGUACCAGGAUGGGCGACCGCCUGGGAAGUCCCGGUGUUGUACAAUUGGGCAUGGGCUGACAAUAACCUAAUCCUUCUUCCCGUCUGAGCUGAACACAGAAAAAACUUGUGAACCAUCUUGCAGGUUAGUCCCUAAAACGUAAGCCUGACCCUCCUCUCCAAAUAGCCCAUCCUGACCGUCGAUCGGGUACUAUCUCCUAACCUCAAUCAUGUGCAGCUCAUCAAGGGGUGACAAUAGGCCAAUCCAUUGUCCUAAUGUCACGUUCUAUAAGUCACACUCUUGAAUGUUUGGUCUACCUGGAGUAUUGCACGCUUCGCGCCUCUUGACGAUCGACCGUGAGAACAGUCCAGAAAUUCCACCGGUUCGUAUAUGCUGUCCAGCACCACGGUGAGGGCUUUCUGUACGAUUUUGUCUCUGGGAGCUUUGAUAAGGCAAGGCGUGAAGAAAAAAUUGGGAGCCAUCGCCCACACAUCGGUCAAUGAAGUUAACAAAUUGCACCACAUUGGUUAUCAUCAAUCAUGAAUCGAUGCGAGUUCGAGCUGUAGUUAACAGUGUGAUCUGAGCGUCGUGCUUCUGCCAGGUGUAUCGAACUGCAAUUGCGACCAGAUUCAGCCGAGAAAGUCGAAUCUCAGAGAGGGAGGAGCAGUGGUGCAUCAUCACCCUUCGCACGCUGAGGCGAGUUUGAACUGCAGUUACCAGCCAUAUCCAAGCUUCGGGCUUCUGUUGACUGUAAUUAUGACCAGAUUCGGCUGAGAACGUUCGAGUGUGUUCAGGUAAAUUGUUGUGGACAGUGAGGUUCUUGAGCUUAGUAUUGGUCAUAGACGUCAAGUCAGAAAAUUUUAAAAAUAAAAAUGGUGGCCAGCUAUGCGAGGCCAUUCGUUACCCAAUGGCUUUUCCCCUGCGGCGCCCCCCCCCCCCCCCGCCUUCCCCCGCCUUAACCUUCCCUCCCCCAUCCGCCCCCCAGUGCACUGCAGCUUUCGUUGCGAGGUGAAAGAGAACGGAGAGCACACUCACACCAGGACUUUUUUGACUGAGCUCUGGACGUGAUUACAGUCAGAUGCAUCAGGAUCCGGCUGCAAUUGCAGUCAAAUACAUAUAGGACAUUGCUAGUGUGAGUAUGGCCUGAGAGCUAGCUGCGUAUGAAGCUAGGGAAGUGUUGAUUUUGAUGCUUGUGUCCUACCCAGGUCAAGGUACUUAUGUUUUGUUGGGGUGUUUACCCCUGCCACAACAUACCCUCACUGUCUGCAUUGCAGCUGUUGCUUUAUUGGUUUUCUCCCUGUCUGUCCUUUGGUAAAUGUCGCUGCUACCCCUGUUGUGGCGUACUUGCGCCGAGUACCCAUCAGCUCUUGUGCCUCUUCCAGGUGGUGUGUUGCAUGAUUUCCACUCACUUGUCUGUCCUUUGGUAGGUUUCGCUGGUACCCCUGUCCAGACUCUGUUCUAUGGCACAUUUUGCUGCUACCCCUUUCCAGACUGUCUGUUCGUUGGUGCAUUUUUCUGCUACCCCUGUCCUGAUUGGCUGCCCUAUAGCACAUUUUGCUC